CAUAUUAUCUAUGAGCCGAGCGAAGUCAUGGCUUUGUGGAAAUUUGCUCCUGAUCCUCACUAUUCUUGGCGUUGUCGUCGGUGUCUUCGGCGGAGGACUGCUAAGACUGCUCCAACCCUCUGAAGAAGUUGUGAGGUACAUAGGCUUUCCCGGCGAAUUGUUCAUGAAUAUGCUAAAAGCCAUGAUCCUACCUCUAAUCGUUGCUAGUUUGAUUUCAGGGCUUUCUCAGCUGGAUGGAAAAACAUCUGGUAGACUGGGUCGUAGAGCUCUGAUGUACUACGUGCUUACAACUACUCACGCUGUAGUGCUGGGAAUCAUUAUCGUUAUGCUCUUGCAUCCAGGAGAUCCGCGAAUAAAAGGCAUACAGACUGGUGUAAAUGAAGGCAUUGCUGGGAAGAUUACCGCCGCAGACAAAUUUCUUGAUUUAUUCCGAAAUAUGUUGCCUGAAAAUAUCGUCCGCUCCACGUUUCAACAACAGCAGACAGUCUAUGUAUACAAGAAUGUAACUGGUACGAGAAUGGAGGAAGUUAGAAACAUAGCCUAUGCGGAUGGCAUGAAUGUUCUUGGUUUGAUCGUCUUUUGCAUCGUCAUGGGUCUCGUUAUCUCGCGA